UACAAUGUUGACGCCGGAGUUCGAGUUGAGUCAAGACAAUCAAUUCAUUACAAUAACCAUCAAAGUUCGACAUGCCAAGAUUUCAGAAAUUGAGUUGUACAUUGAUGGUCCGGAUUUUCGUUUCUACAUGAAACCAUACUACCUCAGACUGUGUCUACCAGGAGACUUAGUUGAGGACGGUCGAGAAACGGCAUCAUAUGACAUCGACAGAGCCACUCUUGUUGUUCGUGCUCCUAAAGCGAACGAAGGACAAUGGUUCGACGGGCUUGACAUGUUAACAACACUCAUGGCUCCUCGUCGUCGUCGUCAGCACGAUGCAAGGCCAGCCAUAGAAGAAAUACAAGAAAGGUCGGAACAGACCGAAGACGAUACAGAGCAAGUAGACGAUGGUAGUGAUGCCGACGACGACUUCUUUAUCGAACAAGAGAUACGUCGAGAAUUAAGUCCAUUGACAGGCGUAAAGUACGGAUUUGCUAAUCGACUCUCCGGCUUCUUCACACAUUGUGAGGAUUACACUGAGAUAGUUGAUGUACCCGAUCCCGACCACAUGCCCGCUGCAGAGAGACGAUCUCUACGAUUGGCUGAUGAGAAGAAGAAAUUCAAUCCGGAACAUUAUUUGUACGAUCUUUUUGAAAACGAAGAUAUUGAGAGACUACUCGCCUAUCAACCACCUUAUCGUCAAUUAUUAACUCAACACGAAUUUCAAGUAUGUCAAGAAGUGUCAGGUGAUGCAGCCGUCAGUGUUACGGAAUCUAGAAUUCAUCCUUCAGUGACGUUUUCUGAUGAAGAAAAGGAUGCACUCAGACGACUACCAAAUAGGAAAUAUUUGCUAGAUAAACGUGAAGAGAGAACGGCGUAUCUUUGUUUGGUGGAUCUCAUUUUCUGUUAUGCGUACAACCAUCGUAUUACAGAAGGAGAUAACUCGGUCGAGUCUCCAUGGACGGUGGGCAAAUUGAGUCCGACGCUGUGCUGGUUGGAUAGCUUUUCUUCCGUUUCUGAUGUACUUACUGCAUGCUGUCGUCGCUCACUCAUCUACCCAUUGUAUUGCCACUUUGAUCUCACACAGUCGGUUCUCACUGACCUGCACACAAUAUUCCGAUUGGGGUGUUGUCAGCUUGUCAAGUGUGUCCUUGAACUGCGUCAUAUGAUAGCAAGAGAUGAGACUCGCCGGAUGUUGAAUGACCUGUAUGUUACUGACGUGUGUGUAUGGGCUCAAGCAGCGAGUCGCAGAAAAAUCAAGAAGAUAGCAGAUCGCAUACAUCAAUUUCGAUUGCAAAGAGAUGAUGUCGAUUUGGAUUUAGAAGAGCUAGAAACGACCGUCAGGCAAGCUCUGGCUGAAGGUGGCAGUAAUGACGACAGUACUGAGGACAAUGAUAAUACGGAGGAUACAGACUCUGAUGAUUCAUCCUCAGAUGAUGAAACUGAUGACAGCGAUGAGGAAGACCCAGACCGAACCACCGACGAUAAAUCUGAAUGUGACCAUAACAGGUGAUACGCAUGCCCGAUAAUGUGUUGGAGGUACUACUGCUGUUGGUAGGUUUAGCUUGCAACUCGAGUCGUUUAUCGGUAUCGUAGUUAGCCUCGGACUUCCACAUCGUGUCAAUCUAGUUCUCACAUACUGUACAACCAGAAAUUCAUGCGAACAGAAUAUUGUGCAAA